AUGGUUCACAAUACACAGUCAAUUCACGAAGCUAUCGACCUGUUCGAGGCUGCGAAAGCCCAGAUACAACGAGAAGGAACCCCUCAGCAUGCACAAGUCCUUUUGUUGGACUUCGCAAAAGCCUACGACUCACUGGAUGGACGCUUCAUGAUAAACCUGCUGUACGAUGAAGUGGAGAGGAAUUCCCAGCUGACAGGAAUAAAUCUACAUGCUCAGGACAAUGAUUGGGCGGGCGCGAUGAAAUUGCAGGUCGCAGUGUAUGCAGAUGAUACGGCAAUCUACUUGGCUGACAGUGCCAUGCGGACAGAAGCAAUUGAGGCAGUUGCUGCUUUCUCGGUGGUCUCGGAGCUUUGGUUGAACGUGGAUAAGUCGAAGGCAAUUAGGCUCGGAGGAGAGCAGGUGGAAAGCACCCACAACGACAGUGCGGCACAAAACAACGUGGUGGAAGAGGUUGAAAGCACCAGAUACCUAGGGCAUAUUGCUGGUAUGGGAGAUACAUGUUCACUGGUAUGGAACACAGCUUUGGAGGCCACUCGCGUACGAUUGGCUUUAGCGGAGGUGAAGACCAACUCGGUACAUCCGAGAGCAACAAUUGCAGCGGCGGUCAUCAUCCCUAAGUUG